AUGGCAGCAGAGCUGGAGGAGCAGCAGCAACAGCAGCAUGACGCGACAGUACAGGGCCGUGUAACAGGUAUCAUCUAUCCUCCUCCAGAGAUUCGUGCAGUGGUAGACAAGACGGCGCUAUUUGUAGCCAACAAUGGGCGAGCAUUUGAAAGCCGUAUCGUAGGUGAACGCAUGUCGACGAAAUUCUCAUUCCUGCGUGAUUCCGAUCCGUAUCAUGCGUACUAUGAGCAUAAAGUGAGUGAGUUUAUUACGAAAAAGAGUGAGCCAGUGACGAAUGAUCAAAAAUCUCACGAGGAGGAGACAAGAGAGGAGCAAAAGGACGCGCUGGAGCAACAGAACAAGGUGACGCAGGAGAUUGUAAAAGCAGCGGAAACCAUUGGUGACGUGGUUGUGGAGAAGAAACCAGUGCAGAGUGUAACUGCUCAAGCUACUAAGAAGAUUAAAGAGAGAGAACUAGAGCCACCGCCUGAGGAGAAGUUUAUCAUUAAACACCCAACACUUAGCGCACUUGACCAAGAGAUCAUGUACCUCACAGCGCAAUAUACGGCACUCAGUGGCAGCUCGUUCCUUUCGGGAUUGGCCACACGUGAGCAACGUAAUCCGCAAUUUGAUUUUUUGAAGCCUACACACCCACUAUUUGCCUACUUUACGGCGCUCGUGGAGAGCUAUACACUCGUACUGGCAAAACAAGAUGCACAGAUGAAGCGAAUAGAGGAAGGUAUGAGUCGUAUGCAAGUGUUGGACCGAUGCGUGCAUCGAAUGGAAUGGCAGCGUACCGAGCAAGAGCGAAAGGAUAAGGAGGCGGCAGAAAGCGAUGCAGAGCGCCGUGCACUUGCACAAAUUGACUGGCAUGACUUUGUGGUCGUGGAGACGAUUAAUUUUGACGACGAUGAUGAUUUGGGUGCCUCUGCUGCUAAUGGUGAUGGGGAAGCGAAAGUAUCAGAUGAUGAAGAUAUGGAUAUGGAAGACGAUGACGACGAUGAUGGUGAUGGUGACGACGAACCAAAGCCGGAUAUCAAGGUGAUUGAGGAUUAUGAACCGCAAGCGAUGGCAGCGACAGCGCAGCAACCACUUUUAAGUGUAGAUGGAAAAACAUUGUCGUCUGCUGAGGCGAAUGAGCACAUGCGUAUUUUAUUAAUGAAUCCAAAGUGGCGCGAAGAAACUCAGCGUCAUUUGGAAAAACAGAAAGAGAGCUCGUAUGCAGCAGGUUCGGCGAUUGCAGACUCACUGCGGCGGUUUGCAACGAAGCGUGCGGAUAUAUUUGCUUCUUCUGCUGAAGAAGAAGCGCGGUUGUUGCAAGCGACGACAACACCGACUGCUGAAGAGCAGCCGCAGCAUCAGCAACAGCAUGAUGACGACAUGGAAGAAGAUUCUGACACUGAAGAAAAAGCGGAGUCUUAUUCAGGGACAGGUCAAAACCAGCAAAUGCCGGUGUCCGCUGGGUUUGUUGACGAAGGAAUGUUGUCUAAAAGUGCUCCAAUCUCUCAGCAUGCUGCAGGAAUGACUGAUCCAAUGGUGUCGGCUUCGAUGAUGGGGGCUCCAGGCGUUGUUUCUUCGUCUGCUGGUCUUCCAGGGAUGGUUCCUCCGCUACUAGGUGCUCGUGGUAUGGCUCCAUCGCCUGGAAUGAUGCCGCCCGGUAUGGGAGCUUCAGCCAUGGGAGCUGCAGUCAUGGGUGUUCCGGGAAUGGGCGGUCCAGGCAUGGGUGCUCCUGGCAUGGGUGCUCCUGGCAUGGGUGCUCCUGGCAUGGGCGGUCCUGGCAUGGGUGCUCCUGGCAUGGGAGCUCCUGGCAUGGGUGCUCCUGGCAUGAGAGCUCCUGGCAUGGGUGCUCCUGGCAUGGGUGCUCUUGGCAUGGGUGCUCCUGGUAUGACUGCCCCUGGCAUGGUGCCUCCGAGUGCUGGUCCUCCCAGCAUCAUCCCUCCUCACAUGCAAGCACCUGGGGCUAUGCCAGUAAGAGUGAGUAAUGGUCCGCCUGGCGUCGGUGCUGACCCUCCUGGUGCUUCAGCAGCGGCCGCAGUUGUAGGACCCCCAGGCGAAGAUGUUGAACCAGCCUCAAAAAGGCAGCGAACAGGCGGAACGUCGUUGCUGCCGGAAAAGGAGUUUGCGAUUCGGCAUCCGGGAAUGGUGCGAUUGGUUGUGAAAGUUCCAAACGAUCCAGACAACGCCCAAUGGAAACUAGAAGGACAGACACUGACGAUAGAGCUGGAUGUGAAGGACAAUAUGCGGACGCUCAAGCAAAAGUUGAUGGCCGACUUGCAGAAUAUGCCGGUGAACAAGCAGCAGCUCAAGUUCUCAAUGGGAUUUGUCAAGGAUACCCUCACAUGUGCACACUACAACUUCGUUAACGGCACUGUGCUCGAGCUGAGCGUUCGCCAGCGCGGUGGCAGGCGGUAA